AGGACAAUACCAGGAGACAUCCAUUGUUGAAGCGGCAGCAUUACAGAAGCCCGGCCAAAGGAAACAGAAAUUAAAUCAUACGUCAGCUGCUAAGCCGAGAAGUUCAUACGAAGUACAAACAAAGUUGGACAAGUGAGAAGUGCAAACCAGACCUAAUGUAAACCUAGGAUCUAAUUGACUCAUAAUAGCAUAAUGAAAGACGGUUAACUUACAGUUACGUAAUAAUAAACAGAGACUAGCUUGAGUACAAACAACACCAUAUAGGGCACGAUGAACAAAAGAUGUUUGUACCCAUGCUAGACCAUGAUGCAUCAUGCUACCUAUCAGAAAAGGUAUAUUGGAAAUCAUGACGUCACUAAUCAAGUGUCAUAAUGCAGCGAUCGCCCCUUCUCUGUCUCUUAUACACUUCUGGUUCAUGAAAGAUGGCAUCGGUAUCGGAGCUUCCAAAACAGAAAAGGAUUGCUAUUAUAGGAGGUGGCUUGGUUGGGUCACUGAAUGCCAUMUAUUUCGCAAGACGUGGAUUCAAACACAUAAUAUCUCUUGAAAGAAAGAAGGUGAACGAACAUCUGCUAACGGUUGCAGAAAGCUAUUCCAAUGUUGAACAUCACUUUGAGCACAAGCUUCUUCAGACAGACCUGGAAAAUGGCCGAGUUACAUGCCGUUGGAACGAAGAAAAAGUAGAAAUCAAUGCAGAUUUGAUUGUCGGCUGUGAUGGAGCAUAUUCUACUAUCAGAAAAGAAAUGAUGAGAAAACCAAGAUUUGAUUACAGUCAAACCUAUAUCCCUCACGGAUACAAAGAGUUACGCGUGCGACCCACCCAAKAUGGCCAGUUUGCAAUUGAGAAAAACUACUUUCACAUUUGGCCCAGAGACACGUUCUUGUUGAUUGCCACUCCUAAUCCAGAUUAUUCAUUUACCUGCACCCUUUUUGCUCCAUUCGACCAGUUUGACAAAAUCACCAAUAAGUUUUUUUCAAGAGAAUUUCCGGAUUUUAUGGAAUUAGUUGGAGAAGAUGAUUUGGCAGAGGACUUUUUCAAUAACCCAACAGGAACGAUGGUCUCUAUCAAGUGCAAGCCGUACCACGUGAAGGACAAGGCAGUGAUCAUGGGUGAUGCUGCUCAUGCUAUGGUGCCAUUUUAUGGACAAGGAAUGAACUGCGGUUUUGAAGAUUGUAUCAUUUUUGAUGAGCUUCUCGAAAAACACAACAACGACAUUGGAGCUGCCUUGGCUGACUAUUCUGAAGUAAGGAAUCCUGAUGCUGAAGCAAUCUGUGACUUGGCAAUGUACAACUACGUCGAGUUGCGAUCAUCCGUCAACUCUACUCUCUUCUUAACCAAAAGGAAAUUCUACAGUUUUCUUCAUAAGUUGAUGCCCAACACCAUCAUUCCACUCUACACCAUGGUGACGUUUUCGAGGAUUCCUUAUCACGCUGUCAUCAAGAGGAACAGCUACCAAGACAAGAUUGUCAACGCAGCUUUCCUCCUUCUCAUGCUUGCUGUUGCAAUUGGCAGCCUCGCCAAAAUUUUGGACCUGGCUUAGCUUCACUGUAAAAUAGUUUUAGUUUUUAGCGAUUAGUAUUAAAGGACUUUAGCUUUGUGUCUAGACUUUCCCCUGUGAGCAAAGAAACAAAGAAAAGAAAUGACUUUUUGAUAUGAAUUUUAG